CUGAUGGGGAAAAUUGGUGUGGAGACUGUGGAAUGUGUCGACAUCAUCUCAUUCGAUGACGAGGUACUGAAGGAUCUACCGAAACCGCAGCUGGCUGUGCUUCUUUGUCUGCCUGACUACGAGAAGGUUCAUGCUCUUAUGGCUCCAGUGUACGACAAACUCUUCUCGGAGUCCGUGACCACACCCGAAAAUGUGUUCUUUAUGGAGCAAAAGAUUGGAAAUGCGUGCGGUACAUUUGCACUGUUUCAUGCGUUGGCGAAUGUCGAGGACCUUGUUGAUCUAGGUGAGUGUUUAAACCACGUCAGCUUACUUAGUAUUCAUUGUAACUCCUUCACAGGUUCUGGACCAUUCAGAAAAUGGCUCGAAGCAGCAAAAGGGGUACGUGUUGACCAGAGGUCGGCUCUACUUGCUAACGUCCUUAUUUUUCACAUUCAAUGUCUCUACCUAACCAUUAUGCCCAUUUCAAGCAUGCUACUUUUCUUCGAACGUAAAUCGCCUUACGACACAUUCACGGGCAUGGACCAGACUCCGGCCGAAGUGGAGCAUCACUUCAUCUGUUAUGUGAAUAGAGACGGAACUCUAUUCGAAAUAGAUUCGCGUGCUCCUUUUCCGCGAGCGAUCGGUGCUACCAGUGGUGAUACCCUCGUGAAGGAUGCUGGCGCUGCUUGUAAACGUCUGAUGGAUGAACUUCGUAGUGUUUCGAUGGCUACACAAUGGCGUGCGCUCGAAUCCAACCCGGAGACGAUGAACGCCCAGAAAAUUGGGAAUGCCUGUGGUACAUUCGCACUUUUCCAUUCUCUUGCAAAUUUGGAAGGUGUCAUAGAUUUAGGUGAUGGAUCGUUCACCACUUGGUUGAAAGAAGCCAAAUCGCUCUCUUCGGAGGAGAGAUCGGAUUUACUUCUCAAAAGUACACAACUAGCUGGUGCCCAUGACGAGGUUGCAAGGAUGGGAGAGACUGAGGAACCUUCUGUUGUCGAACAUCAUUUCAUCUGUUACAUCGUCAAGAAUGGUCACCUUUAUGAAAUUGGUUGGUUUAUUGUGGCGUAG